CUUCGCAAUGGAUACGAUACUUGCCAUUUUUAUUCUUAUAUCUAUACCAAUAUUCUCUUGUCUGUCAUUGAUUGCAACAGGUCAAGUCUAACGUCUCCAAACACCACCAUGGUAACCAGUGUUACCAGCACAGUCGUCACGGACAGCUGUGAACCGAUGAAUACCAUCCUCGCUAUCAACCAUACAAGCGCCGCUGAACCAGAGCACAACGUGCCCAGCGCCUCCAGAGAAAGCCCUAAAGGGGCAGCAGUCGGUGAGCGGACCGAUGGGCACGAAGAGAUAGAAAUCCCGGCAGCCACCCCGAAAACGUCCAUCCGAUUCUUUGCCAUCAUCGCGGCACUCGCCUUGUCCGGAUUACUGACUUCGUUGGAGGCCACCAUCACAUCCACUGCCCUGCCCACAAUUACUGCGGACCUGGGCGGCGCCGAUCUGUAUGUCUGGGUGGUCAAUGGAUACUAUUUAACCCAGACUGCAUUUCAACCACUGUUUGGACAAAUCGCCGAUAUUUAUGGUCGUCGAUGGCCGAUGAUCAUCAGCGCCGUGAUGUUUACCCUCGGCAGUGGUCUCUCAGGGGGUGCGAGCAACAUCAACAUGUUGAUCGCCGGCCGACUAAUCCAGGGGAUCGGGGCAGGUGGCAUCAACGUACUUAUUGAGAUCAUCGUCUGCGAUCUGCUCCCCCUGCGCGAAAGAGGCCGAUACCUAGGUCUCAUGUUCGGUCUCAUCGCCAUCGGGACGACCCUGGGGCCGCUCUUCGGGGGCCUAAUUGUGCAAUACUCGACAUGGCGCUGGGUGUUUUACCUGAAUGUCCCUAUCGGUGGAGCCGCCAUGGUGAUUCUGUACCUCUUUCUCCGCGUCAAGUCCGACCACACUCCCGACUACUGGAUGCGACUGAAACGCAUCGACUGGAUCGGAAAUACUGUCUUCGUACUCGCCAUGGUCUCCGUCCUCAUCGCCCUCUCCUGGGGCGGCAGCCAAUAUCCAUGGUCCUCCUUCCGUAUCAUCGUGCCGCUAGUGAUGGGCUUCGUCGGCUUCGGGCUCUUCCUGCUCUACGAGGCCUCCCCAUACUGCAUCAACCCAACCAUGCCCCUCCACCUCUUCGCCAACCGCACGUCCGGCACAGCCUUCGGCCUAACCUUCCUACACAGUCUCUCCGCCAUCUCCGUUAUGUACUUCCUCCCGGUCUACUUCCAAGCCGUGCUCGCCGCAAGCCCCAGCCGAUCCGGUGUGGACCUGCUCCCAACCAUCCUAUUUAUGAUCCCCGCGGCCAUUACCGCUGGCGGCUUGCUCUCCAAACUGGGUCGAUACCGGCCGAUCCAACACGUGGGAUUCGCGCUGAUGAUCAUCGGCUUCGGGCUCCUAACACUACUCCAUGCCGAUGCCACGACCGGUCAAUGGGUGGGCUAUCAAGUGCUCAGUGCGCUGGGGACAGGGCUGGCCCUCCCCCUCCUCCUUCCCGCCGUGCAAGCCUCUCUCACAGAAUCAGAUACGGCCCUCUCCACCUCGACCUGGUCUUUCACGCGAAGCUUCGGCCUGAUCUGGGGCGCAACGAUCCCUACCGCGGCGUUCAACAAUCGGGUCAACACCCUGCUGGGCCGGGUGACAGACUCAGCAAUUGCGGCGCAGCUGGCAGAUGGGAAGGCGUACGAACAGGCGACUAAACGCUUCAUGGAUUCUAUCACAGAUCCUGUGAUCCGGGCCCAGGUGGUAUCGGUAUAUGUCGAUGCUAUCCGGACAGUAUGGUAUGUGUCGAUGGCGUUCGCGGGGUUGGCAUUUCUGUUGGUCUUUGUCGAAAAUGAAAUCCCGCUGCGGAAGGAAUUGGAGACUAAGUUUAGUAUUGAGGAGAAGGAUGGGGAGAAAUCGGCCUCCUGAGGAUAUUUUGGGAGAGUGUUAGAAGGCUCUACACCAUAUCCUUAAUAAUCCAUGGCUCAAUGCCAUCGUCCGAGUGCGGUUAUUAUCUCACUAGUCGCUCCCCCCCGGAUUGUACUGCUACAGUCUAAAUGCGAAAACGUUUCCCCC